AUGUCGCUCUCAAAUACGAAAAUGCCCCGCUCCCAGGAGACAUUCUAUCGCAGGUCGUACGAAGGAGAAGCUGCAAACCUUGUUUUGAGGUCGGUGGUGUUCCCUGCGUUUGUACUCUUGUCGUCAUACGUCAGCCUCCAAAGCGUUGUGGGUAAUGCUCUUCACUGCCUCGUCCUUUACUCGGAAGCAUGCAUGUUCGGGUAUUGGAUAUACCUAUUGCUGCUCGACUCGUGGCAAGAUUCGCAUCUAUUCCAGUAUACGAAGGCCGUUCUAUCAAACACUGCCGUUGUGGACGGCUCACCGGUGCCCGUUCAGCUCAUAGAUCUUGGUCUGCGGAUAUUGAACAAGAAUUGGAGGAGGCCGCAUUUCGCGAAUUCUGAGACACUCCCUCAGUUGGCGCUUCGAUACUUGCCCGCGCAGUAG